UCUGCCCGUCCUGAGCCUGGCGGUGCCAUGGGGAACUGUCUGCACCGGGUGGAGUCUGCCCGCUCAUCUGCGGAGAACUUAACUCAGCUGACAUUCGAUGAUGAAUUUUGGAAUUAUUCUGACUAUGGGAACGAUUCCCUCAAAGCCCUUGACUACGACAGCAGCCUGGAAGCAGCAGCCCCCUGCCACUCCUGUAACCUGCUGGACGACUCCUCGCUGCCCUUCUUCAUCCUGGCCAGCGUCUUGGGCAUCCUAGCCAGUGGAGCUGUGCUCUUCGCAUUUCUCAGACCUCUCUUCCACUGGCAGCUCUGCCCUGGGCGGCCCAUCCUGGCGCAGUUGGCUGUGGGCAGUGCCCUCUUCAGCAUCGUGGUCCCCAUCCUGGGGCCAGGGCUAAGUAGCACCCCCAGCGCCACCCUGUGCAGACUGGGCUACUGUGUCUGGUAUGGCUCCGCCUUUGCGCAGGCUCUGCUGAUAGCGUGCCAUGCCUGCCUGGGCCCCAGACUGGGUGCAGGCCAGUUCCCACGCCUCACCCUGGGGCUCACUGUGGGACUUUGGGGAGUGGCUGCCCUAUUGGCGUUGCCAAUCACCCUGGCCAGUGGCACUUCCCAGGGACUGUGCACCCUGAUAUCCAGCAGCGACCUGAAGAUUUUGCAAUUCAUACACACUGUUGGCUGUCUUGUCGUCUUCGUCUUGUUGCCACUGGGUUUGUUGGGCACCAAGGGGCUGAUGAAGGCACUGGGCAGGGGGCCAGGCCCCUGGGUUGGUAUCCUCUGGGCCUGGUUCAUUUUCUGGUGGCCUUAUGGGGUGCUUCUGGGACUGGACUCCCUAGUGAGGUUCAGGUUAUUGCUGCUGCCAACAUGUCUAGCCCAGCAGGUUCUGGACCUGCUGCUGAACCUGACAGAAGCCCUGGCAAUAUUGCACUGUGUGGCUACGCCCCUGCUCCUGGCCCUGUUCUGCUACCAGGCCACCCGCACUUCCUUGUCUUCCCUGCCCCUCCCUGAAAGAUGGCCUCAUCUGGACACCCUUGAAGACAAAUCCUAGCUUUCUUCCCACCUGUCAACCUGAAUUAAAGUCUAUAUUGCUUUUAUGAA